AUGGCUCUUCUCGUAGACAAGCACCGCCCACGCUCUUUGGAGACAUUGACAUAUCACCACGAUUUGUCUGAACGUCUGCGAUCAUUGGUGAGUAGCUUCGUACAGCGACGGCGAAAUGGCACUGACGUCUUCACANNGGCGCAAAGCGGAGACUUCCCACAUCUUCUGAUCUACGGACCUUCCGGAGCGGGCAAGAAGACAAGAAUCACAGCUACCCUGCGCGCACUCUACGGACCUGGUGUGGAGAAAAUAAAGAUUGACAGCCGUGUCUUCCAGACAACGAGCAACCGCAAGCUCGAAUUCAACAUCGUCUCAUCCAACUACCAUCUCGAGAUAACACCUAGUGAUGUGGGCAACUAUGACCGUGUUGUCGUGCAAGACCUGCUCAAGGAGGUUGCUCAGACGCAGCAAGUCGAUGUGGCGGCCAAGCAACGAUUCAAAGUUGUCGUCAUCAACGAGGCAGACCAUCUCACUAGAGACGCCCAGGCUGCUCUGAGAAGAACAAUGGAGAAAUACAGCCCCAACCUGCGCUUGAUCCUUCUGGCCAACAGUACGAGCAAUAUCAUUGCUCCUAUUCGAAGUCGUACCUUGCUCGUCAGAGUUGCUGCACCCACCGAAGACGAGAUCUGCACAGUGCUGGCUCAGGUCGGAAAGAAGGAGGGCUACACGCGCUGCGAGGGUCUUGAAAAGAGAAUCGCUCAAGAGAGCUACCGCAACCUGCGUCGUGCUCUGCUCAUGUUCGAGGCUGUCCAUGCUCAAAACGACCAAGUUACCGAAAAGACACUGAUCCCACCUCCGGAUUGGGAAGCCCUCAUUUCUCAAGUUGCCGACGAGAUUCUUGCCGAGCGCAGCCCUGCUCGCAUCCUGCAGGUCAGAGCCAAGCUCUAUGAUCUGCUUACCCAUUGCAUUCCAGCCAGUACAAUUUUGAAGACCCUGACUUUCAAGUUGAUACCGAAGAUUGACGACGCUCUCAAGACUGAGAUCAUCAAAUGGUCAGCUUUCUACGAACAUCGUAUCCAGAUGGGCACAGUAAGUGACGCCUUUGUCCCCACUAUCCAUCCUCAAUUGACAUGCGACAGNAAAUACAUCUUCCAUCUGGAAGCNUUUGUUGCCAAGGUCAUGCGCAUCGUCGAAAGCCACCUUAUGGGUAUGGAUUUUGAUGACUGA